AUGAUUGAAUUCAAACCCCGGUUCAAGUCCGCUUCCCUUCAUAAGGUCUCAGAUGAAGGCUCUUCCGCUCUUUCAACCACACCGCCAUCAUCUACGAUAUUCGCCUCGCACAAGGGCUGCUGCUUUGGCAGCGUCGCUCUGCACUCGCGAGCUGGCACUAACCUGUCAUCGCAGCCUGGCUUAACAGCUGUUGGUACUGUGAGAGGCAGGCCCACGCGCACCAUGACGUAUGGUGGUAAUAUGUCCCCUACCACCAUUGUUGCUGCUAUCGGAUUCUCAUGCGGCCUUACCGCCGCGCAUCCGCCCUCUCGCGAGAACGGCCUCGCACCUCAAUACCUUUCGCUCCCGCUUGGCUUCGCACACCAUGGGACGCUCCUACCUUUUCACUACAUCUGCAUAUCAUCUCUAUGCAUUCGCUCCCUUCAGGCCGUGCCUCGGGAUGCCCCUCUGCCCCUGCGUUCCAGAAUGCCCUCCUACGUUGCCUGUCAGCUCCCAGACGAUUGA